CCCCCGUCUGAACGCCCGUAUAUAUUGAGGUGUCCAAUUUUUGUGCCCGUCAGACUUGUUGGCUGCUGCGUUGGCUUGGACAGCAUCCAGCGGAGAGAUGUCUCAGUACUCUGGAAAAAUCAUUUUCUAUGAAGGAAAAUGCUUCACGGGAAGGAAACUCGAGGUCUUCGGGGACUGCGAUAACUUCCAGGACAAGGGGUUCAUGAACCGAGUGAACUCCAUCCGGGUGGAGAGCGGAGCCUGGAUCUGUUAUGAUCACCCCGACUUUAAAGGACAGCAGUAUAUCCUGGAGAGGGGGGAGUACCCGGACUUCCACCGCUGGAACGGCCACAACGACCACAUGGGAUCCAGUAGACCCGUUAGAAUGCACGGGGAGCAUUACCGGCUGGAGCUGUUCGAAGGAUGCAAUUUCACGGGCCAGUGCAUGGAGUUCUGCGAGGACUGUCCCUUCCUGCAAGGACGAGGCUGGAACAAGAACUGCGUGAACGCCAUCAAGGUCUACGGCGAUGGAGCGUGGGUGCUGUACGAGGAGCCCAACUACAGGGGGCGCAUGUACGUCGUAGAGAGAGGGGAUUAUCGCAGCUUCAACGAAUGGCAGGCUCAGAGCGCCAACAUCCAGUCCAUCCGACGGGUCGUCAACUACUUCUAACAGAGGGAGCCUUUUAGCUCAGAGACACUCAGAUGCACAAAAAAACAAACCUUUUACCUCUUCUGGCUGAAAAAAAUGCCCAAUAAAUUCUUAAACUGCGUUUCCUGGCUGUCGAUUAUAUCGCAUUACAAAAAUAAUAAUCAUUAAUAAA